UAAAAUUAAAUGAGUUACUCAUAAGAGUUCUCGCCAUUGUCUAUGAAGGAGGAGAUGUUUUUUAAAAAUGAAACUGAAUCCACUUCCUUAGAGUAAUAGUUACAAAUUGCAAAUGAAAAAGUUAAUCAACUAAUGAAAUAUUAGCAAUAAUUAAGGUAUUUUGUAAAUCUCUAUCUGAGUGAAGAACUAGAGCACUUGCACUAUAAAUAUAGUGAGGCUUAGUAGGAGAAUGAAAUCCUCAGUAGCCAACUCAGGUAAGGCCCUGAUGAAACGAAGUUUCUUAACUGCGUGCUGGAUAUGGUGAGAGUUUGUCACCCAUCUGAUAAAUAAAUAACCCUUAAAUACGCAUGGAAAUGGUUAAAAUAUGUUGUAGAUGAUUAUAUUGAAUUACGGAAAAGGAACAAGAGUGCAAACUCAUAGUGUGAAGUCUUCAAUAAUCCUAAAAAGAAUUCUAUAGUCGUAGGAGAUUUGCUACGGAAAAAUUUAUAAGUAACAGAAAGUUAAUACUUAAAGCAUUCUAAAUACAACAAUUGA